AUGACUGCAUACACCAGUUUCCAACAGUACGACCUGCUAGAUUCCGAGGGCUACGGGUCAGCCAGUAGCCCGGAGUCGAAUCCUCGCAGUUGGACCCACCCGGAGAUCUACCCUCAGCCACCGAGAUCCAGAGGAAGUAGUUGUGGUAGUGUGAGUUCCAUCGAUUGUCAGAACCGUGAGUACCAAGAGAUCGGUGCGACGAAUGGUAGCUUUCACGUGACAGCCACCGGCUUCAACUUCACCGAGUUCUACGAGGGUUACUACCAGGAGGGUUCCCGAAACGACCAUCAAAUCAGUCAUCCUAAUAACCCUAGAAUCGUGAAGGAGCACGGGAAGAUGUACAGGAUGAACGAGUGCGUGGAAAAUUACGACGGUGUACCAGGUCGGACCGAGUUCUCCAACGAGGUACCAUCGGUCAGACAGAACCCGGACGUCUCUACCAAGGUGGAGCACAACGUCUUCGGUAACAGCAGGUGCGAUUUUGUCCAGAAUCAAGAGAAUUUCUUUCCUUCGAAGAGUUACGGUGUCCCGAAAGGUGACGGUUUUUUGGCUAGGAAUAACGGCAAUCCUUAUGGGCAACGAAGCGACGUUCUUUAUUUGGGCGCCGCAUACAGCGUGCACAGAAACGAAAAUUACAUUCAGAAUAACAACCAGAGUGGUAAAUGCGAGCCGUCCAGGUAUCAGAAAAACGACGCUCUUCACGUGUCGUCGAUGGAAUACGGUGGACAGAAGAAGGAUGCUAUGCAGAAAAUCAAAAAUGGCACGCCAGGGAUCGAGGUGUUGAGGAAGAGGAGAUUGGCGGCCAACGCUCGUGAGAGAAGAAGGAUGAAUAGUUUGAACGACGCGUUUGAUAGACUCCGAGAUGUUGUGCCCAGCCUCGGUAACGACAGAAAGCUCAGCAAGUUUGAGACUCUACAAAUGGCGCAGACUUAUAUUGCUGCAUUGUACGAGCUGCUGCAAAGGGAGUGA